ACUACGAUGUCCAAAAAGAAUCAACAGAAGAAUGGUCAAGUGAAAAAAUGUCACAUCCGAUCAUCAGGCGCAUUUGUAUGAGAGCAACAAGUCAUCAAAGGAAGUACCAAAGACGAACUCUUGCUAUCUCACACUUCUAUUUUAGAAGAAAUACUGGUCUUACGGCCCAUCACACGUAUAUCAAUCUUUUACGUGACCCUGUUGAGCGACUAGUUUCGCAUUAUUACUACACAAGAAGUCUAAAGCGUUUACCGAAAAGAAUAAGGAGACUUAAAUCACUCGGACAUUGGAAUGUAAGCUUAGAAGAGUGUCUUAGCAAUCAGUACGAAGGUUGUAAAUGGAACUUGAUGACUCGUUUCUUUUGUGGACCAGAUGCAAUUUGCAAAACGGGCGGUAGGAAAGCACUGUUGCAAGCUAAGCACAACUUGCUUAAUUACUACGCGAGUGUUGGGGUAGUUGAACACUUGAGCGAGUUUGUGAGCGUUUUACAAAAGCGUUUGCCAGAAUUCGUUGCAAAGAUAAAAGAACUUUCAAAACAAGUUUUGAACAGGGGAGUCAAGAAAAAUGUUCAAAGAGAUGUUAUCUUUCUCAUUAGUAAGCUCAACAAAGCGGAUAUUAAGCUAUACAAUUUUGCCAAGGAAUUAUUUAUUAAACAAGCCAGAAGUUGUGGUGUAAAAAUUAUAUGA